CCCUAGCCACUGUUUGCCAGAAGCUGGGAAUGAGUGACGGGAUGGAUCACUUGAUGAUUACCUGUUCUGUUCAUUCCCUCUGUCCACUGUGGCACUGGCCACUGUCGGAAGAGAGGAUACUGGGCUAGAUGAACUUUUGGUCAGACCCAGUAGGGCCAUUCUUAUGUUCUUAUCUGAAAAAGACAGAACCAUAGAAAUAUAGGUCUGGAAGGGACCUUGAGAGGUCAACUAUCCAUCCCCCUAUGCUGAAGCAGGACCAAAUAUAAAUGGUUCCCCCCCCCCCCCAUUUUAUUCAUACUUCAAACAUUUCCACUCAUUUCCUAGUCUCUCCUCCUCAUUAGCAAUUUUAUUGAAAUUUGGUCACAGGAGCAGCAGGGUGAUACAGAUGUCUGGUUUUUUUUUUCUUCUUUCUUUUUCAUGCUAGCUGGCUGUGUUGUAACUUAGGCUCACCGCUUGCUACCAAAUAGCCAGCUAACACUGCUUCAGCCAUGUCAGUCUGUGUCUUAACAUGAUUGAAAAGCCAUCUUAAUACUUAAAUCUAUUAAGCUAAGAAGAUUGGAAAAAAUUGUAACCUUUGUGUAACAGAGGGCUUUUUUUGUUUUCAAAACAUGAAACAAAUGUCUUAUUUUCCAGACACACUUGUAAACGGAACUAUGGAAAAACCAAAUAAAGCUGCUGAAUUUCCAAAUCCCACUUACCCUCCAGGUUAUGCAGGAAAUCAAGUUCCUUAUGGAUAUCCUCAGUACGCACCUCAAACUUUCCAAAAUGCUCCAGGACAAGCUAAUUAUGCCCUCCAGGGUUACCCAGGAGGAGCUCCAUAUGGACCUGGGGUCCCGCCAGUCCAAAAUCAGCCUUCUGGGCCCAGUGGGGCAGCUUGGAUGCAAGCACCUCCUCCCCCUCUCAACUGUCCACCUGGAUUAGAAUACCUAAGUCAGAUUGACCAGAUAUUAGUUCAUCAGCAGAUUGAGCUUCUGGAAGUUCUUACCGGUUUUGAAACUAACAAUAAAUAUGAAAUCAAAAACAGCUUGGGGCAAAGAGUAUAUUUUGCAGCGGAGGAAAAUGACUGUUGUACUCGAAAUUGUUGUGGACCAUCACGACCUUUCACCAUUAGGAUCGUUGACAAUAUGGGUCAAGAAGUGAUAACAUUGCAGAGACCUCUCAGAUGCUCUUCAUGCUGUUGUCCUUGCUGCUUGCAAGAGCUUGAAGUUCAGUCCCCUCCAGGUACACCAGUUGGCUACAUAAAACAAAACUGGCACCCCUGUCUGCCUAAAUUUACUGUUCAAAAUGAAGCAAAAAUAGAUGUAUUUAAAAUCAUUGGCCCAUGCGUUGUAUGCAGCUGUUGUGCGGAUAUUAAUUUUGAGGUGAAGUCGAUGGAUGAAAGUUCUGUAGUCGGAAGAAUUUCUAAGCAGUGGUCUGGAUUUGUAAGAGAGGCAUUUACAGAUGCUGAUAAUUUUGGAAUCCAGUUUCCAAUGGAUCUUGAUGUUAAGAUGAAAGCUGUUAUGAUUGGUGCUUGCUUCCUCAUCGAUUUCAUGUUUUUUGAACAAACUGGGGACAAGAACCAGCGAGCAGGAGUGUGGCAGUAGAAUCUACUGUUGGAUUUAAAACAUGCUUACAGAGAAAAGUUUCACACUGCUUUGUGCUCUUUUUCUAAAAUACAUUACAAAAGUGCAGUAUAUAUAGAACAUCUCUGGAUCUUUUGCUUAUUGCUAGUUUCUUUUGUAACUUAGGGUUUCUAUUGCCCUAUUUUAUUGUUUUGAUAUUGCAAAUACAAUUCUAUACCUCUGAUAUAAAUACAGAUUAAAUCCUGUAUAAAUAAUGUGAAAUGUUUGUGAAUCUUCCCUGACUGGAAUUUAAACUGCAAAAAUGAUUUCUUUAUUCUUGUGAGCACUUCAUAGAAGAUCUUUUAUAGUACAGAAACAUUGGGAGUAAUCCUCUGUCACUUGCACAAAACUACAGUUGAUCCUACAACAAGGGCAGAUUUUUUAAUAUUCAACAUUGGCAAUGCUUUAUAUAUAUAUAAAAUCAGUUCUCUGUAAUAUCUAUAUAUUGUAUAUUAAACACUAAUCCUAUAUUUUGUUUAAUUAUGAUAAAAUAGAUAUCAGCAUUCAUAUUUUGAUGUUUAUAAUCUAUGAUUUUAUAAUCAUAUUAUAGAGAACAUUAUAUGAGAGCGGAGGUAUAAAUGAAAGGUCUAUUUCUUCCACUAUCUUCAUCUUCAUCUCACAAUUCAGAUGCAAAGUUGCCCAACAGGAGUAGAGUGCCUCACUGUAAUUUAACUGUGUGCUAACUGUCUAGUGUCAUUGUGAUACUGGCAAAUGUGAUUCCUAAAGACAUUGUAUACAGCUGGAGGUCUUUCAAAAUUAAGUUUACCCAAGCAAGAUUAAAGCAGAUAUAACCCCUUUUUAAAAGUAUCAUUUUCCCACUUACCUAGAACAUGAGAGAGAUUUUGGUGUUCUGGGUUAAAAUUUGUUACAGUUAUUGAUAGACCACUUUUUAACUGUUUUAAAAGUUAGAUCAUAUAGUGGCCUUUAAACUCAUCUUAUUUUGAUGAACUUUUGAUUCUUUGUAGUAUAAUGGAAACAUACGUGUCUGGCAGCUUGUACUUUUAGAGUGAAUCCUCCACUUUCAUUUGCACAAUAACUACAGUUGAUCCUAGGACCAAGGCAGAUAGGUAAACAUAUUUAGAGAGAAAAGAAAAAAGUGGGGUGGGGGGGAAAUCUGUCAGGGACAGUACUUGGUCCUGCUAGUGAAGGCAGGGGACUGGACUCGAUGACCUUUCAAGGUCCCUUCCAGUUCUAUGAGAUAGGUAUAUCUCCAUAUAUUUUUAUUUUUAUUUUUAUUUAUAUAUAUAUAUAUAUAUAUAUAU